AUGCAGCAAGAUAUCGGGAUCUUGCAUGAGAAGCAACGUGAAAUUACUAGCCAAAACAGACAUCUCUGGGCAUACAACAGCCAGUUGAGAAGAGAUGUCUCGGAUCUUCGAACGCAACUUUCCUACACUGCCCAGGAUCUAGCUGCCCGAAUCCAGGAGCAGUCCAAUUUUGACCGAUUGGCGGGAUCAUACGAUAAAGAGACAAGACUCCAGGGAAGAAUCGAUGAACAGAAUGAAAUCAUCGAAAAGCUCCUUCAAGACAAAAUUGCCAACGCCAACCGCAUCCAAACACUCGAACGAAGCCAAAUCAAGGGCACUGAGCCGCCGCCGCAAAUCAUUGCAGAUGCGGAGCCGAAAAAGACAAAGUCACAGAAGAGGCGUGAACGGCGCCAGGCAGAAAACGAGGCAAGAUGCAAAGAACAGAGCGAGAAACGUGAGCGAAGGCGUGGAAGAAAUAACCUGAAGCGCGAGAAAAAUAAACUCAACAACCUCUCUACACCUGCUUCCGUUCCUGCUCCUGCUCAUACACCUGCUCAGCCAGUACGUGUAACUCGCAGCAACUCCAUCAAGGCGGAAGAAAUUGCGGAUUUGGAGCUUACCAACGACAACGCUGCGGCCGAGGAUAUAGUCUCGGAUCUACUACUCCUGGACGACAACAGUCACUCAAAGGAAGCGAUCGAGCAACUCAAACGCUACAUUGCCAAAUGCACGAGCAGGAAGAACUUACAUUCAUUUCUCCAAAACGGAACCAAGAACAGGUGCUUUUGUUUUCACGAGGUUGCAGCCAAGGGCAGCGGCGCUACUGAACAAUUGUUCCCGUCCGGAAAGUACUGCAAGGUCAAUGGCCCGUACUGCAAUGUUUUGGUCCAGGUUGUAGAGAUGGCUUCCGGAAACAGAUUGCGCGCCUUUUUCCCUUGGGGUGCCUACGCCCCCUACCACUAA